CCCCUCUUUGGCAUUUUCGGUGAACUUGUUACGCUAUCUUGCCUUGCCAUGCCACCCUCAAGACUCGUCCCGUCCAUUUUGCCCUGGUGCUACAACGACCCUGACCCUGUUGCAAAGGAGUUGGAUAAGAAGUUUGGCGCCAAUCAGUACCGGCUCAGUGUGAAGGGCAAUCAGUACCUCGUUGAAGCUCCCAGGAAACUUCAACCGGGAGAGAUCAGGCAAAUUCAUGACAACGUCAAGUGGCAUUACCGGGAGUAAGAAAUGUGGAAGGUCGUCAUUACCAGUGAAGCCUCACAGACAUCAAGUCACUUUUGAGGAGGAUGGGAACACUGGUCCAAGAAGGUCCAAAAAGUUCUGAACCCCCAUGCCUUGGCUUGUUAGCGGAGUCAAUUUCAUUUAUAUUCCCGUGUUCUCAUCGAGACUUAGUAAUACACGUUGCUCAGUCCUGUGGUUUUU